AUGGGGAACCGGAUAGGCGGGCGGAGGAGGGCGGGGGUGGAGGAGCGCUACACCAGGCCGCAGGGGCUGUACGAGCACCGGGACAUCGACCAGAAGAAGCUGCGCAAGCUCAUCCUCGAGGCCAAGCUCGCGCCCUGCUACCCGGGGGCCGACGACGCCGCGGGGGGCAACCUCGAGGAGUGCCCCAUCUGCUUCCUGUUCUAUCCAAGUCUUAACCGCUCAAAAUGUUGCUCGAAAGGGAUAUGUACAGAGUGCUUUCUUCAAAUGAAACCAACUCAUACUGCUCGGCCUACACAAUGCCCAUUCUGCAAAACCCCCAACUAUGCUGUUGAGUAUCGUGGUGUGAAGACAAAGGAAGAAAGGAGCAUAGAACAGUUUGAAGAACAGAAAGUCAUUGAAGCACAAAUGAGGAUGCGCCAGCAAGCACUUCAAGAUGAAGAGGAUAAGAUGAAAAGAAAACAGAGCAGGUGCUCUUCGAGCAGAACAAUCGCUCCAACAACAGAAGUGGAGUAUCGAGAUAUCUGUAGCACAUCCUAUUCAGUGCCAUCGUACCGAUGUACUGAGCAAGAAACUGAAUGUUGUUCAUCUGAGCCUUCAUGCUCUGCCCAGGCUAAUAUGCGGCCUUUUCAUUCUAGGCAUACUCGUGAUGAUAACAUUGACAUGAAUAUAGAGGAUAUGAUGGUUAUGGAAGCAAUUUGGCGUUCAAUUCAGGAGCAAGGAAGUAUUGGAAAUCCUGUUUGUGGUAGCUUUAUGCCUGUAAUUGAGCCACCCUUACGUGAACGGCAGGCAUUUGUUCCAGCUCCUCCUCUGGAAAUACCUCAUCCUGGUGGAUUUUCUUGUGCUGUUGCUGCUAUGACUGAGCACCAGCCACCAAGCAUGGACUUCUCUUACAUGCCCGGUAAUAGUGCGUUCCCAGUCUUUGACAUGUUCCGCCGACCGUGUAACAUUUCUGGUGGAGGCAUGUGUGCUAUAGAGAGUUCACCAGAUAGCUGGAGCGGAAUUGCACCAAGUUGCAGCAGGGAAGUGAUAAGAGAGGAAGGGGAGUGCUCAACCGACCACUGGUCGGAGGGUGCAGAGGCCGGAACAAGCUACGCUGGCUCAGACAUUGUGGUGGAACCAGGGACUAUGCCACUGUUGCCUUUCGCUGAAAAUUACAAUAUGGCACCAAGCCAAUUCCGCCCGGAGAGCAUUGAAGAACAAAUGAUGUAUUCCAUGGCUGUUUCUUUAGCAGAAGCUCAUGGUAGAACACACACGCAAGGGUUGGCAUGGUUGUAACACUGUGAUUUUGACGCCUCCUGCCUCCCCCCGUGCGCUGUCGUUGGUCUGCCACCCCUUCUGCUCCUUUUUGCCACCCCUGUGUACGGCUGUUUUGUUUCUCCUUUUUUGCAUGUGUUGCUUCAUGGUUUGAUAUAGUUCCAGCUAUAGCUCUCCAUUAUUAUUGCUUAUAUGUAUGUAAAAUGGAAUAUGAGGAAGAAAAAGGAAAGAAAAUCGGUCACAGUUCGUAAUGCU